UUGCCUUUUAGAAUAUUUAUGAUUUGUUUCAUGCAGAACUAUUUUGAUUUUGUUAAGUUUAAGAUUCUGAUAAAUAACAUGACCUAGCUCUGUAUGAAGAAAGGUAUAUAAGCUUCACCGUUGUUAGUCUUCUUUCACUUGCUCAUGGAAGGAACGCGUGAUCAGUGUAUUAAAUGUAAACAUGACAACAAAAUUUUUACGAACACUGUCAUCAGUGGCGUCUUCAGCUGAAAUCAACAAAAAAUAUGAGGUGUGGAGAAGGACCCAGGAAGCAGUCACAAAGUUGAAUACCCUUCAGAGUAAUGCUCAGACUCUGGAGAAAAUACGUAAACAAGGAGGCAAGCGGUCUGAACAAAACGUCCCAAACAUGAUCAAGUUUGCUGAACGAGUCGGAAUAUCAUUAGAUGAUGUGGACAAGCUCUCUAUUAUACAUGUGAGUGGGACCAAAGGAAAGGGAUCUACGUGUGCAUUCUGUGAAAGUAUAUUGAGACACCAAGGUUACAAAACAGGAUUCUUCAGUUCACCACAUCUAGUUGAGGUCAGAGAACGCUUUAGGAUUGACGGAAUUCCAAUUUCAAGAGAAAAGUUUACAAACUAUUUCUGGGAUGUGUUGGGAAAACUGGAGAAAACGAAGAAGUCUGCUGAGGAUCCCAUGCCUGCCUACUUUGCUUUCCUGACUGUGAUGUCCCUGCAUGUGUUUCUAAAAGAGAAAGUAGAUGUUGCCAUAAUGGAGGUAGGGAUCGGAGGACAGUAUGAUAGCACAAAUCUAGUCAGAAAGCCUGUCGUAUGCGGAGUGUCCUCCCUUGGUUUAGACCAUACAUCUAUACUUGGAGAAACCAUUGACAAAAUUGCUUGGCACAAAGCAGGGAUAUUUAAGCCAGGUGUGCCAGCAUUUACAUCAUUACAGCAGGAAGCUGCUCUCAAUGUCCUGCAGAACAGGGCCAAAGAAAUUGGGUGUCCUUUGACCAUUGUUCCUCCACUACCAAUGUUGGAUUCAAAUGGAGAUGACAUUACUCUGGGUAUCUCUGGGACCAUGCAGAGACACAAUGCAGCCCUAGCUGUACAGUUGUGUAAGGUGUGGACGGACAGUCAACAGAAAGACCAAUCACAGCAAGAAGCUCCCUCUGAAGAUGACAACAAUCACCAAUUCAUCCUAAACCACACAGAAGUCAAAACCCUACCCACUGCUGUCACAGAAGGCUUGAGGCAGUGUAGAUGGGACGGCAGGGAUCAGAGAAUACACAAAACUGGAGUCUCAUAUUACCUCGACGGAGCUCAUACAUUAGAGAGUGUUCAGCAAUGCAUAGAGUGGUUCAAGACGUCUUCUGCAGAGGAGUCAAAACAAAUCAGUGGUCGGGUGAUUCGGAUUCUCCUCUUUAACUCCACAGGAGAUAGAGAAGCUAAUGUGCUUAUAGAACCACUGGUGGAUUGUGGUUUUGAUGCUGCUGUAUUUUGUCCAAACAUUUUAUUCUCAACCUCAAAUACAGUUGCAUGUACCCCGAAAAAAGAUGCUACAAAUCUAACAGUCACAAAAGAAAGCCAGCUGAAUAGAGUCCUCGCCAACAUGUUGUUGUUCGAGCGGCUUGCUGUCAAAAAACUACAGCAACAGAAGCAUGAGAAGGAAUCAACACAGACAGACACUAGUUGUAGUGCUGCCAAAAAAUCCAAGUUAGACAAUGACUCCCUAGAAAACGGAGACAACUCCCAACACACAGUGUGUAUGAUUGAGGAUUCUGUGAUAACAAAAGAUUUUCCCUGUAUCUCAUCAGCAUUAACCUGGGCUACUCAGGGGAGAGAACCAAAUACCUCAUUACAGUCUUUUACUGAAGUCCCAUCCAAACUCAGAAAUGCAGAACACAUUCAGAUUUUGGUGACUGGUAGUAUUCAUCUAGUAGGGGGUGUAAUUGGACUUAUUGGAUCAGAAUAAAUUUUUUAAAGAUACACAAAA